AUGUUGUGGAUUGCUGAGGUUUGUGUAGCUCUAGCAGCAUGUCUCCUCAUUUUGCAGCUCUUAAAGCUGCAAUGGAUGCGGACCCAGCUUCCUCCAGGACCAGUUCCUCUCCCCAUCGUUGGAAACCUGUGGCUGCUGGACUUCAAGCUUCACCGAGAAACUCUCACUAAGUUAACCAACAUCUAUGGAAACAUCUUCACGUUGUGGAUGGGACAGACACCUAUGGUUGUACUCAAUGGAUACAAAGCAGUAAAAGAUGGCAUCAUCACCCAUUCAGAGGAAACUUCUGGAAGACCUCUCACCCCAUUCUACAGGGAUAUGAUGGGUGAGAAAGGUAUUUUUCUGACAAGUGGGCACACGUGGAAGCAACAGAGACGCUUUGGCAUGACGGUUAUAAGACGCCUGGCACUUGGUAAGAACAGUUUGGAGCAGCAAAUUCAAACAGAAGCCUGUCACCUCGUGAAUAUCUUUGCAAACACAAAAGGCAAACCUUUCGACCCCCGCACCUUCAUUGUCCGUGCUGUCGCAAACAUAAUCUGCGCUGUAGUUUUUGGUCACCGCUUCUCCAGCGAUGAUGAAGCUUUCAACAAGCUGAUCAAAGCCAUUUAUUUUGUGAUCUACUUUCAAGCUACUAUCUGGGGCAGGAUGUAUGAUGCUUUCCCAUGGCUUAUGCACCAUCUCCCAGGACCUCAUCAGAAAGUGUUCUCAUACAAUGACUUCAUGCACAAUUUAGUCAUGAAGGAGGUCCAGACCCAUGAAAGAAAGGACACAGAUGAUCCACAAGAUCUCAUUGACUUCUAUCUGGCUCGAAUAACAAAAACCAAAGAUGAUCCUGCUUCUACAUUUAAUGAAGACAACAUGGUUCAGACUGUGGUUGAUCUUUUGCUGGGAGGCACAGAAACUACAAGCACCACCCUUCUCUGGGCACUGCUGUAUAUGGUACAAUAUCCAGAAAUACAGGAAAAAGUUCAAAGAGAGAUAGAGGCUGUUCUGGAACCCUCCCACCUCAUCAGCUACGAAGACCGUAAGCGUUUGCCAUACACGAACGCUGUGAUUCACGAGGCUUUGCGGUACAGCAAUAUCACUUCUGUGGGGGUCCCUCGACAAUGUGUGAGGAAUACAACUUUGCUGGGGUUUCACAUUAAAAAGGGCACACUCAUAUUGCCCAACCUGCACUCUGUUGUCUAUGACUCUGAGCACUGGGAGACUCCAUGGAAGUUCAACCCGAAUCAUUUCCUUGAUUUGGAUGGCAACUUUGUGAACAAAGAUGCAUUUUUACCCUUCUCAGCAGGGCACCGUGUAUGUCUGGGGGAACAGAUGGCACGAGUUGAACUGUUCAUCUUCUUCACCAACCUCCUUCGGGCAUUCACCUUCCAGCUCCCUGAGGGAGUGAAGGAAAUCAAUUCCGAGUACAUUUUGGGUGCAAUACUGCAGCCACAUCCAUAUAAGCUCUGUGCUAUUCCACGCUAG